AUGUCAAUCAGGCGGUCGGCGCGCUUGGGAGCCAUUCCCGCCAUCAAACCCACGAUUCAGACUGCCGCGCCGAAAGUCUCCAGGGUUCAGCAGAGCUCCGUCGCAAAGCCUCGCAAGACCUCCACGACCAAGAAGACAGCCUCGAGAUCAACUCAAAAGGCACAAGCGAAGCGAGAACACUCAUAUUGGUCUCCAGAACCUCCGACGGCGGACAAACCGCAAGCAACACCAGAUGACCAACAAGCUACCAAUAACCAUACAACAGCCCGCCCCCUCACACCACCACCCCUCGAUCGCCCGGUCGACCCGCACCGAACAAAUGCAUACCUCCUCACGCCUCAUGGCUCCUCUGUCUCCGCUUAUCCAUCCCACCUGGUGGAUUCCUCACCCUCCAAGACCGGCCUUCCACGCCCUGCUGCGACUACGGGAACAUUGCUUGAGCAAGCCAUCGCACACUUGAUCGCCCAAGACCCUCGUCUACAACCAGUGAUCGACCAGCACCCAUGCCCGCUCUUUUCGCCAGCUGGAUUGGCCGAAAAGGUUGAUCCCUUCAACAGCUUGGCCAGUAGCAUCAUCGGACAGCAGGUGUCCGGGGCCGCGGCAAAGUCGAUUCGCAACAAGUUCGUGGCUCUGUUUGAUGGUGGUGGGGAAACAGAUGAGGCUUCUGAGACUGGGCGAUCACGCUUUCCUACGCCUCAGCAGGUUGCGGCAUGUGACUUGGCAACGUUGCGGACAGCAGGCCUGUCGCAGCGCAAAGCAGAGUACAUACAAGGGCUGGCAGAGAAAUUUGCCAGCGGGGAAUUAAGUGCCCAGAUGCUGGCAAGGGCAAGUGAUGAAGAGCUUGUGGAGAAACUGAUUGCCGUUCGUGGAUUGGGCAAAUGGUCUGUGGAGAUGUUUGCUUGCUUUGCUCUGAAGCGCAUGGAUGUGUUUUCUACGGGCGACUUGGGUGUACAGCGAGGCUGCGCGGCCUUUGUUGGCCGAGACGUGAAUAAGUUAAAAGGGAAGGGUGGCGGCAAGUUCAAGUACAUGUCAGAGAAGGAUAUGCUUGAAUUGGCGGCCAAGUUCGCACCGUACAGGUCCCUUUUCAUGUGGUACAUGUGGCGCAUUGAGAAUGUCGAUGUGGCCGUCCUCACGGGCUAA